CGCACCACGCCUGCCCGACACUCUGCCCGUCACACAAGCUGGGCACCUGUACCAGGAGCUCACUGAAUCCACUGAUUACAGAGCUGAAAGAUAAACAUCAUGAGUAUUUCUUCCUUAGGAGGUAUUGGGAAAGGGAGGCCUGUACCAUCUGGUGAAGAGGAGCGCAAUAAUAUCCUAAAACAGAUGAAAGUACGGACUACACUGAAAGGUGACCAGAGCUGGAUCACCAAGCAUGACGACUCUGAGGACCAUACCAUAGAGCCACUCUCAAGUCACAACCGAGCCACAUCCUUCUCACCAGUCAGAGAUGAAUCAAAUGCCAGGUCUCCAAACACAAGGGCUCCAGCUGGUUACAUAAUCCGGGGAGUGUUCACCCGAACAAUAGAUAGCUCUUCUAACUCCCAGCAUCACCCCUCUAAGACCAACGGAGUUCCAAGAAGUGCUUCUGGGCAGCUGGGAGCAGCUAAUUUUGGUCAUCCUCUUCAGUCGUCUGGCUAUAAGAUGACUACAGAAGAUUAUAAGAAACUAGCACCGUACAACAUCAGGCGCAGCUCCAUAUCAGGGACUGAUGAAGAGGAGGUGCCAUUCACCCCAGAUGAGCAGAAACGGAGGUCCCAGGCUGCAAUCAGUGUUCUGAGGAAGACAGCCCCCCGGGAGCACUCUUACGUCCUCUCAGCAGCUAAGAAGACCACUAGCAGUCCUACCCAGGAGCUACAGUCACCAUUCAUUGCAAAAAGGGUUGAUGUGGUAGAUGAGGAUGUCCUUCCUGAGAAAAAACAGGAAGCACCUGCUCUGGCAAGACCUGACCCUGGCUUAAGCAGCUUGACGACUGAGAAGAUUGUCCAUCUGCAGAUUACAACCCCCAGAGCAGAACUCCACUUGGUGGCCCCAGACCUGGAAGCCCCGAGCUCCCCAGCUGAUUGUAAGAUGAAUGUGGCUCCUAAGACCAUCGAGGCCUGGCAAGAGAUGCCUGCUGAUACAAGAUGUGGUCAAGGAGACCAACUUACAGCCGCUCAACAUUCUACAGAUCCCAGCAUCUCAGACCUGCAGAGCAGCCCCAGUGCACCUAAUCAGUUCAUCAAACAUGAUGCUUGUGCCAGCAGCGCUCCAGAUUCUUGUGAGGAGAAAAAUGCAGCCCCCAAGAUCACCAAGGCCUUACAGGAAAUACCUGGCACCCUACAGGAUGGACAAAGUGGCCCAACUGUGGCUUCUCAACAACUUGCAGAUCUCAGCAUCCUAGAGCCACAGAGUAGCCCCAGUGGACCCGAGCAGCAAAUCAAAGUAGAGGACUGUACCAACAUGCUGAAGAGCCCAUCAAGCUGCAUGGUCACUGUUACAGUUUCUGACACCUCUGAACAAUCUCAGUUGUGUGUUCCUGGUGUCUCAAGCAAGGUGGACUCCAGCUCAACUGUCAAAGGGAUUCUCUUCGUGAAGGAGUACAUGAAUACUAGUGAAGUGUCUUCUGGGAAGCCAGUGUUUUCACACUGUGACAGUUCCAGCAGCAUUGAAGACUCAUUGGAUCUGGCAAAGAAACCCCCACAUGAAGGCACUCCUUCUGAAAGACCAACUGAAGGGGUCUGUACUUACUGUAGCCAUGAAAUCCAAGAUUGUCCGAAGAUUACCCUUGAACAUCUUGGCAUCUGCUGCCAUGAGUAUUGUUUUAAGUGCGGGAUUUGCAAUAAACCGAUGGGUGAUCUCCUAGAUCAGAUCUUCAUUCACCGUGACACCAUCCACUGUGGGAAAUGCUAUGAGAAGCUCUUCUAGGCUGAAAAGAAACUGAUGAUCCCCAGCUAUAUUUGGCUGUCCAGUUGACCCAAAUUGUUGGCUCCUCCUCCCUUACAUCCUCCAUGGUUCCACUGUACUUCUGCCUACCUUGUGCUGAAGGAGCAUACAUCUAAGAUUGUAUAGCAGUGAUGUUAUAAUUUUGUGUAGCCUUUUAUACCUUAGGAAUAUCUCAAUUCAGGCAUGAAAUCCUUGCUUCCAGGAUGAAUGAGUCCACUUUGACUUCCCUGAGACAUGUUUUUAAUGAGUGUAGAUGACCUAGUAUGUUAUACACGGGUACAAGUCUAGGAAUCAGCGUAUGUAGACUUUCUGAGGCUUCUGAGGGGCCAAGCCAAAAAACUGUUGACGAUCCCUGGUAGGGAAAUUACAGGCAUUAAAUACUAAGGGUUGGCAAUAGGCUAAUGUUUAGCUUGUCUAUUCACUUUGUGUGUGUGUGUAUGUGUGUGUAUUUUUAAAUUUCUCACAUUUUUUAAAAUAGUUAAUUUUUUGAUUGAAUUAUGUAGCAGAUUUAAAUUACCUCCUCCCAUUCUCCUUUGGUUUUUCCAGUAACGUAUGUCAGCAUAUGUUGGAAAGUUUACCCAGGUUUAAAUUUGGUAAGAUACAAUAUUAGGAGGCUUCUACCAAAGGGAUAUCUGUGUCUGUUUGAAUUUUGUUAGUUGGUUAAAAUCUUUACCCUCAGUAUUCCUGAACUUUUAUUCUCUGAACAGUUUUUAAGGUGUGUAGAUCUCAAAAGGGUAAAGAAAACAGAUAAGGUUUCUUGAGAUUUCUCUUCCUACUGUGAAAUAUUUCCCUGAAGCGUAGUGUUAGAAAUGGCUUUGAAAAGUGUGAAAUUCACCUCAUCUCUGGGCUUCUUGGGUCCCUGCCUGAAACACUAUGGUAGUUUAAUUGCUCCCUUUCCCUCUCCUCCAGAGGCUUUCAUCCAGGAACAAAUUUGGCUUAUGCAACUCCUCAAAGAAAAGCUUGCUAUCCAGUGAAAUGUGAAGUAGGCUCUCUGCCCUGAUCAUACAGCUUUUUGUGACCUGUUUUCUAGUCCUGAAUCUGUCUCAAACUAACAUCAACUUCUAGGUCCCCAGGUACUCAAAACACUACCAGUUGAUGUCUAGCACAGCAGAGGCAGGUUCAUCCCUGCAGUUUGCUAAUAUGCUGCUCUAAGUCAACCUCACUCUGCUGCCUUUGGGCCCAGGAUUACAUUGGAAGCUCCUUGAAAGGAAAAAUAGUCCUCAAGACUUGGGGAUGCAAAAUUGAGGCU